AUGUUGGUACACAUGUCUCUAAUGUAUGACAACAAGUACGGCCAUUUUGAAUGUUCGGUGUUGGGGCUGGGCAAGCAGUGGGAGGGAGGAGACAUGAAGGGUACUGGGGGAGGACACAAGGUCUUGAUGCUAAGGAAGGCCCUCAAACGUUAUGCUUCAGACAGCAAUAAAAUCGUCAUGUUUACUGACAGCUACGAUGUGUUGGUGCUGGGACCACAAUCCGAUAUUGUGAAGCAGUUCCGAGCACUAGACGCUCGCUUGGUGUUUGCAGCUGAGUCGAACUGUUGGCCUGACCGCAGCUUGGCGGAUCAGUAUCCAGUCACUGAAUCCCGCUACAAGUAUCUCAACUCUGGAGGUAUAAUUGGAUAUGCCAGUGAGCUGUACGAACUUCUGUCAUCUCAUGAACUAAAAGCUACUGACGACGAUCAGCUCUACUACACAAAGCUUUUCCUUGACAAAAACAUCAGAGAGAAGCAUCAUAUAAAGCUAGAUCACAAGGCAGCCAUCUUCCAAAAUCUGUAUGGAGCCAUAGAUGAUGUGGACAUUGUGCAAGGAACUCUGCUGAAUGUAGUGUAUGGCACAAAGCCUCUGGUGUUUCAUGGCAGUGGCAUCUCUAAACUCUUACCUAUGAAUAAUACAAUAGGUAUUCCUGCUUUGUGUUGCAGAUGAUGUGGACAUUGUGCA